GUGUGAAACUAAACCAGUAACCAGGUUCAGAGUAGAGCUUAAGAUAAAAAAGGAGAAAGGAGACGAGGGAGGAGAAACAUAGGACAUCUUCUUUUUUUUCUCUGUAGUGCGCACAUUCAUUGAUGCAUCAGUCCUGCUCCCCCUUCCCAGGUGGAGGGACAAUGACGCUGCAUGCCUGACUAUCUCCUUUCAUUAUCAUUCCCCCACCCCCUCCAUCCGUCUCCCACUACAGCUGCUUAAGCCAACCACUAACCGGCUGGACUCUCUCUUACAGAGCAGGGAUUUGAAGAUUGUAUCCUCACAUUUGUAAUCAGAUGUAGGAAAGGAUUAUCUCAAGGUCUCCUCCAUCUUGUGCACAGCCCGGGGGCUGCUGAGACAAAGGAGGGAGAGUAGUGGAGGGGGGAGCAGAGAGGGAUCACAGGCGGCUAGUGAAUGGAGUGGAGUUAACGAUAGAUAGAGAGAGAGGGAGAGGGAGAGGGAGAGGUCACCUGUGGAUGCAAGGAGGAGGAGGAAGAGGAUGAAGGCUUUCUAAGGAAUAGCACCCACCAUCCGAUCCAUCCGAAAGGGAGAGGAAAGUGGUGAGGGUAGAGAAUCAGCAGCAAGUGUUUCUCUGUGAAAGACUGAGCUAUCUGUCGGUCUCAGAGGUGUUCAGUCCCAGUCUGGUGUCCAGCUGUGUUCUCUGGAUGACUUGUUGACUGACCCCCAUUGCCCACAGUGACCCUCACCAUCAUCUGAGGCUGCGGUCCAGGUGUUCCAUGGCAGCGGCCAGGCAUUCUGUGUCCGACCUCCCCCCACUGGUGGGAGCUGUUUCCUUGGAAUCUCCACACUCCGGGCAGCUGCUCAUUGACACCUCCAAGAGUUGCACACAGGCAACAUCACCCUCCAGACUGGCUGGAGUACAAGGUCACACCUGCCAGGAGGAGCCAAAGCAGGUGAUCAGUGAUAUCUUCAAAGAACGUUCAGAACCUCCUUCUAAAGGAGCAACCAACCACAGCAGUGUGGGUGAGCUUGGUGAACAGAAACAAACUUCAAGUUGCCCUCAUAGUCUGACUGAGGCACAUACGCCCACAUAUCAUCAAGAGAGAGUCGUGAAUGCAAUCAGUGCCAACCCUCAGACUGACAGAAUUGUGCACAGCAUGACACCAGCCUCCCUGCCAGUUCACAGGAGUCACUCAGGCACGUUACCUCUGGUUAAAAAGGGAGUUGCCCCCACAGAUCCAGACACUGAGACUUGUGGACUUGCUUACCAUGGAGGGGAUAAGAAUAUCCAAGAGGCUGAGAGUCACUCCAUGUUAGCCUGCAAGCAGCCCAUGCAGCUGCAACAAUGCAACAUUAUCACCACUAUUUGCAGGGGGGCCAGCUGUGGAGAUGCUGGUGUAAAACAGCCUCCCACUAGGUGUGCAUGUAUCUCGUCCCCAACGACAGCAGCAGAGGUGGAGGAAAAAGAGGAACAUCCUCCCCCUAAUUGUGACAAGGCACUCUGCUAUGGUUCUUAUAUCCAUCAAACCAAUUUUGAGGACACGUUUGCUGCCUACUGCCAUCCCCAGCCAAUCCCAGCCCCUUCCCAGGUGCUACCACGCCUUGUAGAGUCAAGCUGUGACAUCCAGCGUCCAGUGGCACCUCCUUUAGCAUUGAACCACCUCACCCUGCCUCGUCUCAUCUCCUCCGUCAGUGAGACAGGCCUGGAUGCCAAACACCUGUUGCGCUGCUGCAAUCUCAACUGUCCUUGGAUGGCAACGCUUCCUCCUAGUGCAGGGCCACCAUCCCAGAAACACUUUGGUCUAGAGGUGUGCUGCAACAGUCCUGGUGGCCAUUUCAGAACAGUGACCCGGGACAUGGGGACUAUGACUGCCAAAAAAGAACUGAGAGAUGUUGGGGUGCAGACAGGGCAGGCCGCCACACCUCAUGUGUUCCCACAGAUCUGUCUGGCAGAGGAGAGCAAGAGGGAGACCUCCCACAGCAAAACUCCUAAUACUGGCAGGGAUGGAGGCAAGAAACUGAGUGGCGCUCACAAGUCCCCAGUGAAGGAGGUGAAGUGGGAUGCAGAAGGGAUGACAUGGGAAGUGUAUGGCGCCUCUGUGGAUCCUGAGGAGCUAGGCCUGGCCAUCCAGAAACACCUGGAGCUGCAGAUCAAGGAGACAGCAAACCAUGCAGCCAAGCUGGCUCAGCAGAAAGCCAACACCUCCCAGCAGAGCAGGAUCAUUGGCCGUCAGAGGAAGAGGAGCAGGAUGAUGAGCUCCAUCCGAACACCGGCUUGUUGCGCUCGCACCACUUCAGCUGUCGACUAACUGACAGGCUGACUGAUGGACAGGACAGCUCCUGAACACUGUGUUCAAUAGCCAGUAUGGCAACUCAUAGCCUCAGCCUCAAGUGUGACCCAUCUGAUAAGAAGGUAUACAGAGGGCAGAAUACUCUGUACACUACAGGAAAUGGCCUACACACCAGAACCAAUGGAAAAUCUUCACAUGAUAGAUUCAGUGAUAGUUCAGAGAUUUGUGUAAUCAAUAUUAAAAAUGGAAAUCAAACUAAAAAGUGCUACAGAUAAGACUCAAGUUGAACAGACUACAUCUUUAUGUGUCAGCAGUUGUUGUCUAUGGUUAGAUAUUUCAGCCACUAAAAACAUUAUUCCUGCAGCUGUGCACUGCCAGUGUUCUCUGAGAGCCUCGCCAUACAGGUGUGUUUUUAUGAUAAACUACCUUCAGGACAGAGACACAAUGAAACAACACCUAAACUGAUCUGAUACAGUACAACAGUCCUGUAAUAAAUACUACUCUUGUUAUAAUGAAUGUGUAGACGGGGAAAAAAUGUAAUUCAGUGCAGAGACCUACUGCUCCCUCUCCUCCUGGCUGACUGGGCUGUAGAACAAGAGCACAUGUCAGUGGACGCCUGACAGUGAAAGCCAAUGAGAUUUAAAGAUUUAACGGUUUCAAAACACAUGCACAAUAAAAAUGUGUGUCGUAUUAAUACUUUACUUUUACUUUCUAAUACUUAAAAGUAAAAGUAAAGGACAAAAUUAACUUACACUUAUCUUUUUGUUUCAGACAAUGAGGAUAGAUUGCUUACAAAGGGGGCUCCAUGCCAAAAUAGAUUAACUCUACGUCUUUUGUAUGUGUUUAGGGAUUUCAGACUAUGGAAAUAUUUAAAGAUGACAGUCCUUUAUUGAAUAUGUGAUGGACAUGGUUAUUUAGCGGGUAUUUAUAUAAAAAUAGUUUAAGCAUUUCUUCCUUUCCUGCAUAUUUAUCAUGAUUUUGCUCAGCAGGUUACAGACUGCUCCAGAAUGAUGAAUUGUUUUUGCAUUAUUCUCAAAUACUGCAUGUAUUUGGAUGUAUCUGCAGUAGUAACAACAGAGUGCAAAGUAGUAUACAGGCAAGCAGAGAUGAGUAUGAAGCAGCUAUACUCCGCGCAUGAAGCUCCCAUGACUAUGUGUCACAGCUGAUUAAACCAGCACUAACGCAGAAGAUUAUGCGUUGUCGACUUGCCUGCUCACUCACUGUGAAUUCACUCUGGACAGUUGUGUGCUCUGUCACAUGUGGCUCACUGGGAUUGUGGACAAGGAAGCUGGCAUGGUAAAGUAUGGGGAAAUAAUGCAGACAUUUGUGUUCACACAUACAGCUCCUCUGGGAGUUGCAGUGAAUGUGUGAAAGGGACUUUGUUUGUUUUGUUUUAUGUUUUUGUUGUUUUGAUUGUUUAUUUGUUUGUUUGCUAUUCUGGAUGUGAUUAAAAUGACAUGCUGCUUCUUGGAUAUAUUUCCUUCUUGACUGAGGUUGCAGUUUGCAGGCAACAGAUUAGCCCUUGUCUCUACUUCUUGAAAAAUGCAAAAAGAACCCUCUCUAGAGCCAGUGUUUGGUUUGUCUGUUCUGGGUAACUGUAGAGACAUGGCAGUGCCAACAAAAAAUGACCUUUUCACUGAUAAUCACAAUACAUUUUGUUUCAUACAACAAUUCAAAGACAAGUGAGAAAUGGUUGCAUAGUUGCAGUGGUGCAUGGUGCAAUAGUCUCGGUAAAAGAAAAUAAGAUGAAGAGUUUGCCAUGUGUGCUAUGUGUGGUAGGUAGCGGUGCUGCUGCUGUGUAAGAACAGUAUGCCAUCUGCAUUCCACACACACGUGCCACUUUUCAUAAAGGUUUCAAGUGCAAAACUGAUCACCUCUGCCAUAGGACAACCACUUCAUUCAUACUUUGGUAUUUACUGGGGAGUGAAAUGAACAUUGCAGCCUCAAGGGCCCACUGCAGGUGUUAGUGUUUUCUUAGUUAGUGUUAUGUUAUUGUUCUUGGAUAUAAUAGUUAGACAACUGAAAGUCAUUUAUGCUGAAACUAUAGGUGAUGUAUAAACACACUCGAUGAAAGUGUUAUUGCAAGCUGCAAACAAAAUUGCUACUGGCUGUGACAAGACAGCAGAUUGUCAGGUAUUCUUGCUUCUGGUUGAAAAACUAGAGCCCUUUUUCAUUGGAAGAAAUACAACCCUUGAAUUAUUAUUGUGGAGGUUUUGAAAUGUAAAGAUUGUAUAGUUUACUAUACUGUAUAUUAUACAACACUAUGUACAUCAGGUAUGACACCUAUAGACUUCAGCUUGUAAAAUGGACACUGAAUGGAUUCCUGUUUUCCUGUUUAAUAAUUCUCAUCUUCAUUAUUCGUAUUUGUUAGUUUCAUCUUGUGUGGAGUUAGAUUAAUUGCCAAUCUGUUGCAGUCUACCCAGACUCAGAUGAUAGGAUGGUUAUCAGUGUAGUCUAGACAAACAGAUCUUUGCUCCAUCAAAAGAGAGGUGGUGUGGUGUUCCAGGACAUACAGAUAUGAAACCAAUAUUAAUAUUCUUAUCUGAGAGUGUGUAUUUACUCUGAAUGCAAAGUAAACUAAAGUUUCCAAUUAUACGCAAUUGUAUAUUAAAGAAAUGCUGACAUAUGACAUUCCCACUUUGUGGAAACUCAGACAUUUUGAAUUAAUUACGAUGUGAACCUUAUCAGUUUGUCAGUUAAAGGUCCUUAUACAUGUUGUUUAAACUGUGUGUAUACAAGAAGAAUGUGCCCAAACUUUGAUGCCAGCAAUAAAAAUCAUGGAAACUGACUGGAAACUGUGAUCUGCUUGGUAGAUGUUAGGCUGCAAAGACUUUUAAAUGCUAAAUUGUGUUUUUGCUGUUUUUGUCACUCACUUGUUGUUGUGCAAGCUGUUGUUGCUUCCUGCUACAGAAGAAAAUGUAUUAUUUAUGGUGGACGAAGGAGGAUGAAUUUUGUCUCACAGCGUGAUGAAUGAAGCUUCUCUGUAGUCUGGUGAUAUAGCAGCCGAUACUUCUGGAUCGACUGUAUCUCUUGUCAGAUGGCAGCAGGGUGAACCGACUGUGGCUGGGUGGGUGUUGUCUUUUAGUAUCUUUAGGCUCUGUUCAGACAUGCGACUUAACUGAUGUCACUGAUGCUCUGUCGAUGGUGCCAGUGAGGUUCUGGACAGCUGAAAUCACCCACUGUACCCACUUCCUGUCCUGGGCCAUGUACAAACCAUGCCGGUUUGUGAUGUUUCCCGUCAGGAUGCUUUAUAUUAAUCCUCUGUAAAAGUUGACAAGACAUUGGCAUGGAAAUGUAGCCAUCUUAAGGUUCUCUGUGAUGCUGAUUCGCAGUAACAACAGCAACAAUCAGCUCCUUGUCUUUUUUGACACUGGACAGAGGAUUGUUUUCUGUGCAACGUUUUUGAUUCCCUCCCAAUAGGAACUCUUAUCAUUGUGAGGAAUCUGGCUGAUGAUGGUGGCAUCAUCUGGUCUGUUGUAAAAGAAGUUCAAUAUCCAUUUGCCAAUAUCCAUUUAUCCAGUCUUGUACUCAAGCCCAGGAUGCUAACUUCUCCAAUCAGCUUCAUGGUUGAGAUUGUGUUGAAUGCUGAGCGCUGAAGUCAGCAAAUAGCAUCCUGUUCUUAUUCUCCAGGUGUGUGAAGACUGAAUGAAGAGCAGUAGAUACGGCAUCCUCCAUGGAUCUGUUGGUUCUGACAGCAGACUGGUGAGAGUCGAGGCUGGCUGGGAUGUUGUCUCUGAUGUUUUGGAGAACCAUUUUCUCAAAGCAUUUCAACAGGAUGGGUGUGAGAGUCACGGGGUAGUAGUCAUGAAGACUAGACACAGCAGAGUGUUUGGUACAGGAACAAUGACGCCUGUCUCGAGGCAGAAGGGAACAGUCCCCUGUGAGAGUGAAUGUUAAAGAUGUCGAUAUUAACAUCAGCUAGCUGGUUGGCACAUGUUUAAUAGUAGUAGUUAGUACACGGCCAGCUAUAUUACUUGGACCAACAGCAUGAUGGUGGCACCACUGCUUUUGUAGUGAUGGACUGGAUCACCUGCCACAGACAAGCUGGCAAAGAGAUAGGCCAUUAUUUUAUUUAUUUCAUUCUUAUUUUAUUCCUCUUUUGUCACUAUCACAUGAAAUUGUGAAUGGCUUUCUCUUCAGGUCAGUAGGAACAAAUAGUUCAAAGUAAGAAAGGGAAAGUAUAUCAAAUAAAAUAUAUAGUAAAAGCUGUUCCUCAGUCUGUUGGUGGUGCCUGAAGGCAGCAGUUUGAAUAGGGAGUGUCUGGGGUGUGCACAGUCCUCACAGACGCUGUUGGCUAUUUCCUUCAGCCUGGCAGCAUUAACAGUGUCCAUUGUAGGAUGCUCCGUCCCACUGAUGCGCUGGGCUGCUUUAACCACACGGUGUGGGUCUUUGUGUUUGGCAGCCAUGCAGCUGGCAUACCACACCGUCGCACAGUUGGCCAGGACGCUGUCGAUGUUACUCCUGUAAAAGUUGUCACACAGUUUCUGUGAGCGCCAGGCCUGCUUCAGCUUCCUGAGGAAAAACAGUCUCCGUUUGGCCUUUUUGACAAGCUGUGGGUGUUAGAGCUCCAUGUCAGCUGUCUCAACACGGUGAGGUCGUCGACACAUUCCACAUUCAUCGUGUCACAAAACACAAAUCUGUGUAAUUAUUUUGAUAAUUUGUUGGUUGAAAAUGAGAUGAUAGUGACAUAGUGAUGGCGAGAUGAUAGUGAUUAAUGUCGAGCUAUUUUUCCAAAGUCAUAUUGCACUUCCAGGUGAGAUGUGGGCUAAACAAAGACAUCAUCAAAUUAUUUAAAACACUGAUGAUAUGUCUCAAUCUCUAUUCUUAAAGAGGCACUGUGUAGCUGUGGAGAAGAAACUCAUACUCUGAAUUUUGAUAUUUACAAUAAUAAUGAGUUAAUAUGUGUAUUAAUAUGUAUUUUUUCCAUAAGUGAA